CCUGUCUUUUCCCAGAAUGUUCUCUCCCAGCAUUUCUGGAGUCCUGCUGCUGCUGUGACCGGACUGUUCUGCUUCCUAGGAUACCUCCAGCUUUUCCCAAAACCUUCUCUGUCCUAAGAGCCUUCCGCCAGAUUCCUCAUAUUUACCAGCAAGAUAUCUGAGCACAGGUACUUUACUCCUGAAAAUGGUAUUCUACAUGGCAGUCACUCCUGGAGAGGUGACCACUUCUCUCAUAAUUUUGGUGAUAGUUUUUGUUUUUGUGAGAGUUCUCAGAAGCAAGGGGAAAAAACAGGUGUCUCUUCCUGGCCCAUGGUCCUUCCCCAUCGUAGGAAAUCUUCUUCAGCUUGGAGACCAUCCUUACCUUACCUUCAUGGAGAUGAGGAAGAAAUAUGGAGAUGUCUUCCUCAUCAAACUUGGCAUGGUGCCUGUCGUGGUGGUGAAUGGGAUGGAAAUGGUGAAGCAAGUACUGCUCAAGGAUGGAGAGCAUUUUGGAGGCAGACCUAACAUGCAUGCGUUUUCUUCCCUGGCAGAAGGAAAGAGUUUUUCAUUUUCCGUCAAUUUUGGAGACAGCUGGAAGCUGCAUAAGAAAAUUGCCUCUAAUGCUUUACGCACUUUUUCUAAAGCAGAAGCAAAAUCCUCCACCUGCUCUUGCUUACUUGAGGAACAUGUCGUCGAGGAAGUUUCUGAGCUGGUAAAAGUCCUUGCAGAGUUGACUUCUAAGAACGGCAGCUUUGACCCCAGAAGUGCUGUCACGUGUGCAGUGGCCAACGUUGUCUGUGCCCUUUGCUUUGGCAAGAGAUAUGACCACGGUGACGAGGAGUUUCUUAAGAUAGUUAAAACAAAUGAUGACAUCCUCAAGGCAUCCAGAGCAGCUAAUCCAGCUGAUUUCAUACCAUGUUUCCGCUACCUUCCCUUGAGGAUAAUAAAUGGUCCUCGGGUGUUUUAUCAGGCCCUGAAUCAAUUUAUUGCACAACAUGUACAAGAUCAUCUUACUACAUAUGAUAAGAACCAUAUGCGAGACAUUACUGAUGCUCUGAUUCACACAUGCCACAGCAAAUAUGCUGCUACCAAAACAGCCACCUUAAAUGACGACGAAAUCAUAGGCACUGUGAAUGACCUCUUUGGAGCUGGGUUUGAAACUGUAUCAACAUGUCUAUAUUGGAGCUUUCUUUAUUUGAUAUGCUAUCCAGAAAUUCAAGCCAAAAUUCAAGAAGAAAUUGAUGAAAAUAUUGGGCUGAAAUCACCCAGAUUUGAAGACAGAAAAAUUUUACCCUACACAGAAGCUUUCAUAAAUGAAAUAUUCAGACAUGCUUCCUUUAUUCCUUUUACUAUUCCACAUUGUACCACAGCAGACACUACUCUGAAUGGCUGUUUCAUUCCCAGGAAAACGUGCACUUUUAUUAACAUGUAUCAAGUAAAUCAUGACGAAACUAUUUGGGAUGAUCCCGCUUUAUUUAGACCAGAGAGGUUUCUAAACGAAAAGAAGGAAUUGAAUAAAAGUCUUGUUGACAAAGUUCUGAUAUUUGGAAUGGGAAUCCGGAAGUGUCUCGGAGAAGAUGUUGCACGGAAUGAGGUAUUCAUUUUCAUCACCACGGUUCUGCAACAGCUGAAGCUGAAAAAAUGCCGGGGAGCCGAGCUCGACCUGACGCCCAUCUACGGGUUAGCCAUGAAGCCCAAACCAUACCAGCUCCAAGCAGAGCCCCGCUCCCCGGGUAUUUCGUGUUGCUAGGUUCUAAGACUGAUGUUGGGUUUCUUAUUAAGCCAGACAAAUUACGUAAUUCACAUUCAUUUAACAAACAAUUUAAAGAUUGUUCCCUAAGCUGUGCUAUUAGUUCAAUUCUUUGUCUGUCAUCCUAAUGGAGGAAGUGUUUUUUUAAGCGUAUAGCAUAAGAAGGGAAGGGAGUUGGGGGAGGAUGGAGGACAAAGGUGGUCAAAUAUAUGGUGACGGAGGGAGAUGAGAUUUUGGGUGGUUAGCGCACAAUGCAAUAUAUACUUAAGUGUAUAUUAUAGAAUUGUACACUUAUUCAAUGUUAUUAAUGUCACCCCAAUAAGUUUAAUUUUAAAAAGUGUAUAGUACAGCCUCACUUCUAAUAUAAUACAUCUUCUCCGGUGAGGCUAUUUUAAGAUGAUACUAAAGUGUGAUGUAAUUCAGGGAUUUUAAACCCAUGUCUCAUGUGGUGGUGUCCCAAGUGUCACCAUGUCACUGUGAGCAUCAAAGGAAAGAAAAAGUGAGUGGUGGAUUGAACAAGCAGGAGAGGAAGCUCUGUUUACCUUCCUUUACACCAGCUUCAGGCACACAGGUGUAUUUAUAUUGGUUUUAAAUAUAGGGUUCAGAAUAAGAACAAGGUUCUGAUGUAAAUAUUGUUUCUUCUAAUGGCCUAGGAAAUAGGUGUCAAGAGGUCCAGAAAAGAAAGCUAAGGUGGGAUAGAAUAGCAGGGAACAUUCCAAAGGAGUAAUAGAUGAGCUGCUCUAGAUUUCGAGAGGUAGAGAAAAGGAUACGAGGAGGAAUUUCUUCAAAAUCCAAUUUUAUAUUGGCUCUUCUGUUUUCUGUAUUAAGAAUUUCACUUCAGGACAAAUUGGUGUUUUUUUUUUAUCAUGCUACCAAUUUCUUUUGACACGUACUAAAUAUACAUGUGUAUUGUUUUCUAGGGUUGGCAUAACAAAAUACCACCAUCUGGGUGGCUUCAACAACAGAAAUUUAUUUUCUUAUAGUUCUAGAGACUAGGAGUCCAAAAUCAAGGUGUCGGGAGGGUUAGUUUCUUCCAAGGCCUCUCUCCUUUUGUAGAUGGCCACCUUCUCAUGUGUCCUCAUAUGUCCUUUUCUCUGUAUGCACACAUCAUUUGUGUUUCUGCUUUUUCUUAUAAGGACAACAGUCAUAGUACACUAGAGCCUCAUGCUACUGGCCUCAUUUUAACUUACAUCUUUAAAGACUUUAUCUUUAAAUACAAUUUUAUUCUGAGGUACUGAGGGUUCGUACUUCAACAUAUGAAUUUUGGGUGGGGAGGAGGGACACAAUGGAGCACAUAACCACAUGUUAUAAGAAAAAAAAGAUACCAAUUAUUUAAAAAUAUUUUUCAGUGUGGUACCCAGCAUUAAGUAUGUGCCUCUUUAAUUAAUUUGUUAGUGAGCUAAGGCACAUAAGGAACAUAAAAUGGACAGUGAAAAACCAUGUAUUCCGGAUUGAAGCUUUAAGGGGAAUUGCAUUGUAAAGGACUUGAAAUCCAAGCUGGGAAAUAAGAGGAUACCUGAAGUUUAAUUUACACAGGGCAGCAGUAUGGAGGUUGAUCGAAAUAAUGACCAUCCUGACCAGGAUAUAGCAAUGGAACCAGAGAAGUUAAUUCAGAGGCAUUGAGGAUUAAAGCCAAGACUUAGUUCUUUUCAAAUAUAAAUAAAUUCAGAAUUAUCCUUAGGACCAAAUUGGAUUGCUUGUUCUUUUUUGUGAAAGCUUUUGAAAUUAUUUCUAUUAUCCCCAUGGCAGUGUGUCAAAUGGAAACUAUUUUUCCAUAUUUUCCACAAGAAAUUGUCAAAUCUUCUGUAUACUCAACAAUAAUGGGGUGGCUAGAACAUUACAAGAAUCUUGGUAUCUGUUUAUCUGGUAUUUUCUUUGAAGAACUGUAUUUUUCUAACCUCUUUUUUUUUUUUAGCAGUAAGCAAAUAUGAUUCUAUACCUUUAUUUUAAUGCACUGUAAAAUGCUAAUUUUCACUUUUACUGUGUUCCUGAGGCAUAAUUAAAUGGUGUACUACUGGACUUUUUGUA